UUGGAAAACUUGCAGCCUGAGAUUAAAAAACUCGCCGAGCGCCUUGGCUAUGAAGUUUCUGUUCGUGGAAAGCAACUGGGUUGGUCUGAAAAGGUUGCCAGGUUCCACUUCAAGAAAAACCUGCGGAGGAUUGUUACGGAGCUGUACAUCCGAGACAACUGCCAUCCCUUCAAAGCCACUUUGCUGGUGUGGGUGCAGAUUCCCAUGUGGGUUUGCGUGUCCCUGGCUUUACGCAACUGCAGCGUCGGUGCCACGGGCUCGGAAGUUCAAGAACAGUUUUCAGCAGGCGGAGCGCUGUGGUUUAGAGACCUCACUGCACCAGAUGCCACCUGGAUUUUGCCCGUUUCGCUUGGGCUCGUGAAUUUGCUGAUCGUGGAGAUCUUUGCUUCGCAAAAAACGAAAGUUUCCAGAUUCCAGAAGAUUGCUACGAAUUUCUUCCGAGUGCUGUCAGUAGUGAUGAUCCCCGUCGCUGCAACAGUCCCCUCUUCCAUGGCGUUGUACUGGCUGUCCUCCAGCUGCGUGGGACUUGGGCACAACCUGCUGCUGCGUUCUCCCACCUUCCGGCGGCUGUGUUUCAUCCCGCGGACCAAAUCCGACUCGGAUACUCCCUACAGGGACAUGGUGUCUGCCUUGGUGGCCAAAUACACUUUGAAGAAGUGACGUCGUUGGAACUGUCGGGAGAGC